CUCCCGCCCUAGCGACGCGCGCCUGGUUGCUAGGGUCGGAGGCGCGGGAGGCUGUAAAAGCUGCGGAUGCCAGCUACUCACGCAAGCGGGCCUCCUCGGCAGCCCGCCGGUGGGUAUGAGCGCGAGAGAUUAGGAAGUGCCUGUCUGACCAGUUUCUGAAGGCUGAAUGAACUACAGAUCAUCAAAUACAGCAGCUCACAAAGAAGAUCCGGUUGCUUUGGGGGCAACACACCUCCCGGCUGACCGCAAGGGAUGCUGUUACUUGGUAGCCAGCUGAAACCAGCGCUUCCUCAGAAGGCUUCGUGUGGGCUCUGGAUUGUAAUGGGGAAACUGCAGAGCAAACUCAGGCACAGCACGUACAAAUACAGGCCUGAUGGAAUUAUAGAAGAGAGAGUCCAGACUAAAGUUUCCCAAGAAUACAGCCCUGCUCAUGUGGACACCGUCUCUGUGGUUGCUGCUCUGAACUCAGACCUUUGUGUCUCUGGAGGAAAAGACAAGACUGCUGUGGUCUAUAAUUGGAAAACUGGACACGUGGUGAAAAGGUUCAGAGGACACGAGCGGGAAAUCACUAAGUUAGCCUGUAUUCCCAAAUCAAACCAGUUCUUCAGUGCCUCUCGAGAUAAGACAGUCAUGAUGUGGGACCUGCAGGAUUCUUCACAGCCCAGACAGCAGCUGUCUGGCCAUGCCAUGGUGGUCACUGGCAUAGCUGUGAGUCCAGACUCAUCACAGCUGUGCUCUGGCUCUCGGGACAACAGCCUGCUUCUGUGGGAUGUGGGCACCGGACAGUGUGUGGAGAGAGCAUCUGUCUCCAGGAACCUGGUCACCCACCUGUGCUGGGUCCCCAGAGAGCCAUAUGUAGUCCAGACCUCUGAGGAUAAGACCAUCAGACUAUGGGAUAGCCGGGGGCUUCAGAUGGCUCAUGUGUUUCCCACAAAACAGCAUAUCCAGACCCACUGUGAUGUCAGCGUGGAUGGGCACACGUGCAUCUCCUGCAGCAGCGGCUUUGCUGGGGAAGGCUGUGAAGCCACGUUGUGGGACCUAAGGCAGACGAGAGACAGAAUGUGUGAGUAUAAGGGGCAUUUCCAGACAGUUGCAUCCUGUGUCUUUCUACCAAAAUCCAUGGCCUUGAUGCCUGUGAUUGCUACCUCUGCACAUGACUCUAAGGUGAAGAUUUGGAACCAAGAUACUGGAGCCUGCCUUUUCACCUUGUCUCUUGAUGGAUCAGGACCCUUGACCUCACUGGCUGUUGGUGACAUCACCUCCUUGUUAUGUGCAAGUUUCUACAGAGGAGUUCACUUACUGAGAGUAGAGCACAGCCAAGGGCUGGAACUACAGGAAGUGGCAGCCUUCUGAAGCCAAGAGACAUUGAGUGGACAAUAUCAAACAACGGCCCCUCCUUUCUGUGUUAGUUGUUGUUUUAAGUCCAAUGAUUCAAAAACCAGGGUGUCUGUUUUGUUUGUUUGCUUAUUUCUCUGUACCAGGACUUACUCUGUAGUCCAGGCUGGUCUUGAACUCAUAGCAAUUCUGCCUCAGUCUCCUGACUGCUGGAAUUAUAGGUGUGAGCCAGCAUUCUCAGGAAAACUGAUACUUAGAAACAUGGAAAAGAGCUGUAGAGGUGGCUCAGCAACUAAGAGCACUGGCUGCUCUUCCAGAGGUCCUGAGUUCAAUAUUCCCAGCAACCACAUGGUGGCUCACAACUAUCUAUAAUGGGAGCUGAUACUCUCUUCUGGUGUUCAUGAAGACAGAACACUCAUGUACAUAAAAUACAUAAGUAAAUAAAUCUUUAAAAAAAAAAAAAGGACCAGCUGGGUGUGGUGGCGUACCCCUUUAAUCCUAGCACUCAGAGGCAGAGGCAAGCCGAUAUCUGAGUUUGAGGCCAGCCUGGUUUCAGAGUAAGCUCCAGGAUCCAGGACAGCCAAGGCUACACAGAGAAACCCUGCCUUGAAAAACCAAAGAGAAGAAGAAGAAGAAGAAGAAGAAGAAGAAGAAGAAGAAGAAGAAGAAGAAGAAGAAGAAGGA